AUGGCUGACAAGAACGAAGAUCCAGCAGUCGAACAAACCCACCAAUCUCUACCCUUUCUCGAGGUGUUAUGCAAGACUUCUGGGAAAAUCAGGCGUUUUUCGAUCGGAACCGAAGCGGGUUUUGCUGUUAAUUUGAUAAACAAGAAGUUGAUGAAUGAUAGCGAUGGGGUUGAGAAUGUUCUACUGGCAUCCCACAUCGAGGCUGUUAAAGAAGGAGAAGUUGAAGAAGAGCCUGUUAGUUUUGGCCAUAGUUCUGUGCUAGUCGAUUAUGGACCCGAUUGGAAGUUGCGAACCGCCCUUGAAUCGAAGGACCACAUGGGCACAAGAAGAUUGCGGAAAGCUUCUGCUAAGGCCACCAAUGAUCAAUGUUCUGUGACGAAAAACGAGUCGGCUAUCAGCAUUCUCUACAUUGGGAAGAUAUUGCUUGCCUUUCUUCUGAUAUUUGUAAUCGGUGCAAUUUUCACGUUGGCUCUAGAAAACCUUCCUCGGUUCAUCUUGUUUAUCAACUCCUCAGUGUAA